UGUGUUUCUUUUUUUUUUUUUUCGCCCAACCCGAAAUUUCAGUUAGAAAGUGUUUCAAGUGACUAACCGUUUCUGUUCCAUUGUCUCGAAAUCUCGAUUCCCCUGGCCCUGAUGUUUAAUCUCAUACGUUGGAUUUUCUUGUACAUGGUAACCGUUGUUGUAGUGACGGCGCAGCAUGCAGCUCCACCAAGCGGAGACCCGAACGAUGCUUACGUUAAUUUCGAUCCGACGAUGGCGAUCGUUUUUAUGGUCCUUGUUGGCGUUUUCUUAUUCGUCGGCUUCAUCUCCAUUUACAUCCGACAUUGUAACGAAGCCAACGCUAUCGCCACUGCAGCCACCGUCGCUGCAGCUUCCUCUGCUCAAAGGUCCCGGCCAAAAGGUCUUGAUCCGUUGGUGAUCGAGAGUUUCCCGGUCUUCGUGUAUUCUUAUGUGAAAGACCUUAAAUUGGGGAAAGGAGCGCUGGAAUGCGCGGUUUGUUUAAGCGAGUUCGAAGACGAUGAAGCGCUGCGUUUAAUUCCGAAAUGCAGUCACGUGUUUCAUCCUGAUUGUAUCGACGCUUGGUUGGCUUCCCACGUGACCUGUCCCGUUUGUCGAGCUAAACUCACUCCCGAUUCCAAUGCCAAAGAUAAACCAGUAGAGUCAUGCUCAAAUAUCACUGAGUUGAACUCGAACAACAACGACGACGACGACGACGACUUGAGUCCUCCGACAACCGAACGAGUUGAAGAACAAAGUGAGUUCGUCAUUCAAGUAAGUGAAGAAACUCGACCAAGAGUGAAAAUAACGGGGAAGUUUCCACGUUCUCACUCGACGGGUCACUCACUGAUUCAACCCGGGGAGAACGUUGAAAGGUUUACGUUAAGGUUGCCAGAGGAAAUCAGGAAGCAAAUUGCAAAAAGCGGGAGGUUGAAACGGACGAGGAGUUACGACGUCGUGUUGCGAAGGGAAGGUAGUUCAAGGAAGGGCGAAGAAGGAUGUAGCAGGGGGAAAGGAAACAUUGAUCGCUGGGUGUUGCUAAUGACUCCGCCGUUUGUUUCGAAGACGGGCUCCGUUAAGUCUCAGAAAGGAGGCGGGGAGAAUUCAUCAUGGAGAGGGUUAACGUCCGUUAAAGAUAAGUUAUAUUGCUUUAACUUGAAUGUUGAGCUAGUUGAGAAAGAAGAUUCCUCGGCUCGGCCUCCGGUUUAAUUGUCGUUAAUAAUGUGGCAUUAUAUUGAUUACAGAUUUAUUGUAUAGUAAAUUAGUUAGUAAUAAUUGAACUAUAGUUUAGGUCUGGUUUUGGAUGAUCAAAAAGUUCCAUUCAAAGCAAUCUGCAAAAUUAAAUUUUGAUUCUUGGGAAAAAAUAGAUUAACGAAAGCUAAAAGUUUCUCCAAUUGAAUUUG